AUGGCCACGCAACUACCUCCCAAAAAGUGCGGCGUCCUCGGCGCCACUGGCUCCGUCGGCCAGCGCUUCAUCCUGCUCCUCGCCAAGCAUCCCUCGCUGGUGCUGCACGCCAUCGGCGCCUCCUCGCGCUCCGCCGGCAAGGCCUACAAGGACGCCGUCCGCUGGAAGCAGGCCUCGCCCAUGGGCAAGGUCGCCGACAUGGUGGUGCGCGAGUGCAAGGCCAGCGAGUUUGCCGACUGCGACGUCGUCUUUUCCGGCCUCGACUCUGACGUGGCCGGCGACAUUGAGAUGGAAUUCCUCAAGGCCGAAAUCCCCGUCUUCUCCAAUGCCAAAAACUACCGCCGCGACCCCCUCGUGCCGCUCGUCGUCCCGACCGUCAACCUCCCGCACCUCGACCUCAUCCCGCACCAGCGCUCGGUCCACAACCUCAAAAAGGGCUUCCUGGUCUGCAACUCCAACUGCGCCGUCAUCGGCCUCGUGAUCCCGUUCGCAGCGCUGCAGGCCGCCUUUGGCCCCAUCGACGUCGUCAGCAUCGUCACCAUGCAGGCCGUCUCCGGCGCCGGCUACCCGGGCGUGUCGUCGAUGGACAUGCUCGACAACGUCGUGCCCUUCAUCCAGGGCGAGGAGGACAAGCUCGAGACGGAGGCGCGCAAGAUCCUCGGCGGCAUGGACGCGGCCAAGACGGCGUACGUCGAGCAGGACGGCCUGCGGGUCUCGGCGGCCUGCAACCGCGUGCCGGUGCUCGACGGCCACACGGCGUGCGUCAGCCUCAAGUUCAAGAACCAGCCGGCGCCGUCGGCCGAGGCUGUGAAGAAGGCCCUGAGGGAGUACACGUGCGAGGCACAGGCGCUGGGCUGCCCGUCGGCCCCGGAGCCGCCGAUCAUGGUGUUUGAGGAGAGUGAUCGCCCGCAGCCGCGUCUGGACCGUGAUCUGGGCAACGGGUAUACCGUCAGCGUUGGUCGCGUGCGCGAAGACGAGAGUGGCAUCUUUGACCUCAAGUUUGUUGCGCUAAGCCACAACACCGUUAUAGGAGCCGCUGGCUCGUCCAUCCUGAAUGCCGAGGCCGCUAUUCUCAAGGGCUACAUCUAA